CCCGCCCGCACCCCGCCGGCCGCUCGCACCGGGCGCCAUGUUCGCCGUGAAGCCGAAAGCCGUCAUCGGCUUCAACCUCUACUGCGGCGGCGCCCCGGCGCUGGGCCCCGCGGGGCCGGGGCAGCGCCCGGAGCCCGCGGCCGCCGCCGCCGCCUCAGAGCAGCCCCGCGACCGCUCCGGGGCCGCCGCCGGCCGCGCCGACCCCCCCCGCGCGCUGAUUGGCUGCGGCGCGGCGCCGCGCGCGCUGAUUGGCUGCGGCGCGACUCUGUGGCGCCCCGAGGAGGAGCUGGACGGCUGCGAGCCCGAGGCCGAGCGCGGCCCCGCCGCGGAUUCGCUGCCCGGGACCCCCCCGGGACCCCCGGACGGGCUCCGGCAGGACUCGCUGGAGCUCAUCAGCCGCUACCUGCGGGAGGUGGCGGGCGAGGCGCAGCCCGGCUCGAAGAAGCUUUUCCCGGGGCUCCUGGGUGGUCCCGGCCGGCCCGGCGCGGCGGGGGAGGCGGUGAUGGAGAAGGCGCUGGAGACGCUGCGGAGGGUCGGGGACGGCGUCAUGAGGAAACACGAGCUCGCCUUUCAGGGGAUGCUGCGGAAGCUGGAGAUCCAGCAGGAGGAAGAUCUGCAGUCCGUGGUGGAGGUGGCUGCCCACGUCUUCAGUGACGGGGUGACCAACUGGGGCCGCGUGGUGACGCUCAUCGCCUUCGGAGCCUUCGUGGCCAAGCACCUGAAGAGCAUCCAGCAGGAGCAGGGCAUCAGCUCCCUGGCAGGGAUCAUCACCGACGCCCUGGUCUCGUCCAAGAGAGAGUGGCUGGAGAGCCAGGGGGGCUGGGAGGGCUUUGUGGACUUUUUCCGCGUGGAGGACCUGGAGGGCAGCAUCCGGAACGUGCUGAUGGCGUUUGCAGGGGUGGCCGGCCUGGGGGCCAGCCUGGCCUACAUGAUCCGGUGAGGCUGGAGCUGCCCAGGACCAGCACUGGGACAGGACUGGGCUCCGGGGCCGCGGAGCUGCCGCUCUCUCGGGGAGCGCUGCCGAGCCUGGACUUGAGUGACCCCGGGGGACAGCGAGGCGUCCCCGGAGCGCUUCGUUCCCGAGGAAGAGGAGGGUGUGAUCCGAGGCCGUGGGUGCUGAUACAGAGGAUUUACUGCUUUGGAGGAGGAGUUUUAACUCUGCUUCCUCGGAGAGGAUGGUGCUGGGCAGCUCGAGUGGACUUUGCUUCACUUUGAUCCUGGAGGGAACCGUCCGGGAGCUCCGGCAGCUCCUGCCUGGACUGAGGCCCCGUGGGCUGGGCGAGGCAGCUGAGCCCGGAGCAGAUGUUUGAGGGUUGUGGGUUUAUUUUUUGUUGUGGUUUUGUUUUUUUCUGGAAAUAGCACCUUCUGCUGCCGCUGCCCUGCCUAAACUUGCAGCUCUGCUGCUGGAGCAGAAGCGCUGGACGCUGGAGAUGCUGUGCCAGCCUGCACCUGUGCCAGCCUGCACCUGUGCCCAGGUGCUGUGAGCGGGCCCUGGGGGUGCCAGAGCUGUGCCAUGGAGCUGCAGCCCUGCCCAGCCCCUUCCCUCGCCGUGGGGCAGGGGCUUGGAGGGGCUGGGGGGUCCCCAGCCGUGUCCUGGCCCCAGACAGCCUCUCCUGGCAGCACAGACAGUUCAGAAAUAGUGAGUGCGUUUGUAAGUAUGUAAAAAACAAAAAACCAGACAUCCCAGUUGGGCUGGGGAGGAUGUAGAGAACCUGUAAAUGUUUAUAAAUCUGUAGAAUAUAUACAUUUUUACAGACGUGAUGAGACAAAAAGGAGGAAUUCGUCCUGAAUGUGGGUGCACUGUGCUUCAUUCCUCUUGGGAAGUGGCAUUUUUGUGGCAAAGCCUCUCCUGCCUUGGCUCCACUCGAGCCUUUUCCCUCAAGUGCUGGAGCAGCGCAGCCAGGGAGUGUGACAGGCAGCAGUGGGCUCGCUGUGACCACGGCUGGCUGGCAACAGCUGACGUUUCUGUUUGUUUUAAUCUUUUUUUGGUCUCUCUUGCCCUCCUGGCGGGGGCAGGGAGCUGUGGAAGUCGAGCUGGCCACUUCCUCCUCUUCCCCUGCUCCUGCUCCUCCACGCCACGAGCUGGACAAAGCUGAUGUUUGAAUGUAAAACGUUCUGGGGCGGCUCCUGCAGCUCCCUCAGGGCGUUUUUGCUGCCCUGGGGGGCUCCCAGGGCUGCCCACCCCUGGCUCUGGGGGGGCUGCACUGCUGGGACCCCGCGGGGACUGUCCCUGUCCCCAGGACCUGGAGCCUGAGCCGUGCCCAGCUCAGCCAUGGUGCUACAGCCAGGCCCUGCUUGUGUGCAGAACAAGCUGCAGUUUGGUCAAUAAAUGUCUUUUGUUCUCCUUC